CAGCCAUGGAGAGGUGCAGCCGCUGCCGUCGCCUCCUCCUGCUCCUACCUCUGGUGCUGGCUUUGAGCGCAGCCCCGGGCUGGGCAGGUGCACCCCCUGUGGAUGUGCUCUGGGCCCUGAGGUUCCCUUCCCUCCCUGAUGGUGUCCGGAGGGCGAGAGGCAUCUGCCCAGCCGAUGUAGCCUAUCGAGUGUCACGGCCCGCCCAGCUCAGCGCACCCACUCGCCAGCUCUUCCCAGGAGGCUUUCCGAAAGACUUCUCUCUGCUGGCCGUGGUCCGGACCCGCCCUGGUCUCCAAGCUCCCCUCCUGACUCUCUACAGCGCCCAGGGGGUCCAACAGCUGGGCCUGGAGCUGGGCCGACCUGUCCGCUUCCUGUAUGAGGACCAGACUGGUCGGCCUCAACCCCCAGCUCAGCCCGUCUUCCGGGGCCUCAGCCUCGCAGAUGGCAAGUGGCACCGUGUGGCUGUGACUGUGAAGGGCCAGUCUGUCACUCUCAUUGUGGACUGCAAGAAGCGAGUCACCCGGCCCCUUCCCCGAAGCUUACGCCCAGUGCUGGACACCCGCGGGGUGGUAAUCUUUGGUGCCCGAAUCUUGGAUGAAGAAGUCUUCGAGGGUGAUAUCCAGGAGCUUGUCAUUGUUCCGGGGGUCCAAGCUGCCUAUGAAUCCUGUGAACAGAAGGAACUAGAAUGUGAGGGGGGCCAGAGGGAAAGACCUCAGAACCAACAGUCUCACAGAGCCCAGAGAUCCCCAAAGAAGCAACCAUCAAGACUGCAUAGGCCACAAAACCAGGAACCCCAGCAACAGCUCACUGAAUCUCUCUACUAUGACUACGAGCCCCCCUAUUACGAUGUGAUGACUACGGGGACAACCCCUGAUUAUCAGUACCCCACCCCAGGCGAAGAGGAAGGAAUCCUGGAGUCAAGCCCCUUGCCACCCCCUGAGGAGGAGCAGACAGAUCUCCAGGUCCCCCCCACAGCUGACAGGUUCCAGGCAGAGGAGUAUGGGGAGGGUGGCACGGAGCCUCCAUCAGGGCCCUAUGAUUACACCUAUGGCUAUGGGGAUGACUAUCGUGAGGAGACGGAGCUUGGCCCUGCCCUUUCUGCGGAGACAGCCCACGCAGGAACCGCUGCCCAUGGACCCCGGGGGCUGAAGGGAGAGAAGGGAGAGCCUGCGGUGCUGGAGCCUGGUAUGCUUGUAGAAGGGCCCCCUGGCCCAGAAGGCCCUGCGGGAAUGACUGGUCCUCCUGGCAUCCAGGGGAACCCAGGCCCAGUUGGAGACCCUGGCGAGAGGGGUCCCCCUGGCCGAGCUGGCCUCCCUGGAUCGGAUGGGGCCCCUGGCCCCCCUGGCACAUCUCUUAUGCUCCCAGCUGAGAGGACUGGGGAGAGCGGUGGGCAGUGCAGCAGGAGGAUUUGGAGUGGAAGGGCACAUCUGGAGUGUGUGGGGGUUGGGAGUUGCUGGCUCUCCCUCAGCUCUGCCAUCUCCCCGGCUCCCUAGCUGGCGCUGCGUGGACCCCCUGGCCCCAUGGGAUACACAGGCCGCCCUGGACCCUUGGGACAACCUGGUAGCCCUGGCCUGAAGGGAGAAUCUGGAGACCUCGGCCCUCAGGGCCCCAGAGGACCUCAGGGCCUCACAGGCCCUCCGGGCAAGGCUGGGCGAAGGGGCCGAGCGGGUGCCGACGGAGCCCGAGGGAUGCCAGGAGAGCCUGGGGUGAAGGGUGACCGAGGUUUCGAUGGACUCCCAGGCUUACCUGGGGAGAAGGGACAUAGGGGUGACAAUGGUGCCCAGGGCCUUCCCGGGCCCCCCGGUGAGGAUGGAGAGCGGGGCGACGACGGGGAGAUCGGGCCUCGGGGGCUGCCUGGAGAGUCGGGACCUCGAGGCCUCCUUGGCCCCAAAGGCCCUCCUGGUAUUCCUGGGCCUCCGGGAGUCCGAGGCAUGGAUGGUCCCCACGGCCCCAAGGGGAGCUUGGGACCCCAGGGCGAGCCAGGACCUCCUGGGCAACAAGGCACUCCUGGGACCCAGGGUCUCCCUGGGCCCCAGGGUGCCAUUGGUCCUCAUGGAGAGAAGGGCCCUCGAGGGAAACCAGGGCUUCCCGGUAUGCCUGGCUCGGACGGACUCCCAGGUCACCCUGGCAAGGAAGGUCCCCCUGGAACCAAAGGAAACCAGGGUCCGUCUGGGCCUCAGGGCCCCCUAGGGUACCCAGGACCUCGAGGUGUCAAGGGCGUGGAUGGAAUUCGGGGUCUCAAGGGCCAUAAGGGUGAAAAGGGCGAGGAUGGCUUUCCAGGGUUCAAAGGUGACAUAGGUGUGAAAGGUGACAGGGGCGAGGUGGGAGUCCCUGGAUCCAGGGGAGAGGAUGGCCCCGAGGGGCCGAAGGGACGCACUGGACCCACCGGAGACCCUGGGCCCACUGGGCUCAUGGGCGAGAAGGGCAAGCUGGGUGUUCCUGGUCUACCUGGUUACCCCGGACGCCAGGGUCCCAAGGGGUCCCUGGGAUUUCCUGGUUUUCCUGGAGCCAGUGGAGAGAAGGGAGCCCGGGGCCUGUCAGGGAAAUCGGGACCUCGGGGAGAACGGGGCCCCACGGGUCCACGUGGUCAGCGGGGACCCCGAGGUGCCACUGGGAAGUCUGGUGCUAAGGGGACGUCUGGUGGUGAUGGCCCCCAUGGGCCUCCUGGAGAGAGGGGUCUCCCUGGACCUCAGGGCCCCAACGGAUUUCCUGGCCCCAAAGGGCCCCCGGGCCCCCCUGGGAAGGACGGGCUGCCAGGACACCCCGGCCAGAGAGGAGAAGUGGGCUUCCAGGGGAAGACCGGCCCCCCUGGUCCCCCAGGAGUGGUGGGACCUCAGGGAGCUGCAGGAGAAAGCGGCCCCAUGGGGGAGAGAGGUCACCCCGGCCCUCCAGGGCCUCCUGGAGAGCAGGGACUGCCUGGGACAGCUGGCAAAGAAGGGACAAAGGGUGACCCUGGUCCCACCGGGGCCCCAGGGAAGGAUGGCCCUGCUGGUCUGAGGGGUUUCCCAGGAGAGAGGGGCCUCCCGGGCACAGCGGGUGGACCUGGUCUGAAAGGAAAUGAGGGUCCGGCUGGCCCCCCUGGGCCUGCAGGCUCCCCUGGGGAGCGAGGUGGGGCAGGAUCAGGUGGGCCCAUUGGCCCCCCAGGGCGCCCAGGCCCGCAGGGGCCUCCUGGAGCUGCAGGAGAGAAAGGUGUCCCGGGUGAGAAGGGCCCCAUUGGUCCCACUGGCCGUGAUGGGGUGCAGGGCCCCGUUGGGCUUCCGGGUCCUGCUGGGCCUCCAGGUGUGGCCGGAGAGGAUGGAGACAAGGGCGAGGUGGGAGACCCCGGACAGAAGGGCACGAAAGGAAACAAGGGCGAACACGGCCCUCCUGGACCCCCAGGGCCCAUUGGUCCUGUGGGGCAGCCUGGAGCAGCGGGAGCAGAUGGGGAGCCUGGAGCUCGGGGACCCCAAGGACACUUUGGAGCCAAAGGCGACGAAGGAACAAGGGGAUUCAAUGGGCCCCCAGGACCCAUCGGCCUGCAGGGUCUGCCGGGCCCCUCCGGGGAGAAGGGAGAAACAGGAGACGUGGGGCCUAUGGGACCACCUGGCCCCCCAGGACCUCGAGGCCCAGCUGGACCCAAUGGUGCUGAUGGCCCUCAAGGCCCCUCAGGAGGUGUCGGAAACCUGGGUCCCCCUGGAGAGAAGGGGGAGCCAGGAGAGUCAGGGUCUCCAGGGGUCCAGGGCGAACCAGGUGUCAAGGGUCCACGCGGGGAGCGUGGGGAGAAAGGAGAGUCGGGGCAGCCCGGAGAGGCGGGGCCACCAGGGCCUAAGGGCCCCACAGGCGAUGAUGGACCCAAAGGGAACCCUGGUCCUGUCGGCUUUCCUGGUGACCCUGGCCCCCCUGGAGAAGGUGGCCCUCGGGGCCAGGACGGUGCUAAGGGUGACCGUGGAGAGGAUGGCGAGCCAGGACAGCCUGGAUCCCCUGGCCCCACUGGGGAGAAUGGACCCCCUGGACCACUUGGAAAGCGGGGUCCUGCUGGCACGCCUGGGCCGGAGGGGCGACAAGGAGAGAAGGGAGCCAAGGGGGAUCCUGGUUCUGUGGGUGCCCCAGGAAAGACAGGCCCUGUGGGUCCUGCAGGCCCAGCAGGAAAACCUGGCCCUGAUGGCCUGAGGGGACUCCCAGGCUCAGUGGGUCAGCAAGGCCGUCCUGGAGCCACAGGCCAGGCCGGGCCCCCAGGUCCUGUGGGACCCCCAGGGCUUCCUGGCCUGCGGGGCGAUGCUGGAGCCAAGGGAGAAAAGGGUCAUCCAGGUCUCAUUGGACUGAUUGGGCCCCCUGGGGAGCAGGGAGAGAAGGGAGACCGGGGACUUCCUGGCCCCCAGGGCUCCCCUGGACAGAAGGGAGAGACGGGAAUCUCAGGAGCAACUGGCCCCAUCGGUCCUGGAGGGCCCCCUGGGCUCCCCGGACCUGCUGGCCCCAAAGGAGCCAAAGGAGCCACAGGCCCAGCUGGACCCAAGGGAGAGAAGGGCGUUCAGGGCCCUCCGGGACACCCGGGUCCACCAGGGGAGGUGAUCCAGCCUCUGCCCAUCCAGAUGCCCAAGAAGACUCGGCGCUCAGUGGAUGGCAGCCGCCUAAUGCAGGAAGACGAGGCCAUGCCCACCGGGGGCGCCCCAGGCAGUCCCGGGGGGCUGGAGGAGAUCUUUGGCUCCCUGGAUUCCCUGCGGGAGGAGAUCGAGCAGAUGAGGCGGCCAACAGGGACCCAGGACAGCCCCGGUCGCACCUGCCAGGACCUGAAGCUGUGCCACCCUCCUUACCCGACAGGGGAGUACUGGGUUGACCCCAACCAGGGCUGUGCUCGAGACGCCUUCCGGGUUUUCUGCAACUUUACAGCAGGAGGGGAAACGUGUGUGACACCCAGGGACGACGUCACGCAGUUCUCCUACGUGGACUCGGAGGGCUCCCCGGUGGGGGUGGUCCAGCUCACCUUCCUGCGGCUGCUAAGUGUCUCAGCCCACCAGGACGUCUCCUACCCGUGUUCUGGCGCAUCCCGUGAUGGUCCUCUGAGACUACGGGGAGCCAACGAGGACGAGCUGAGCCCCGAGACCAGCCCCUACGUCAAGGAGUUCAGAGACGGCUGCCCUAUCGGAACCUUCCCAAGGCCUCAUCCCAGCUGGGACGCCCCUUCCUGGUUGGACGCACAGCUGCAGAGGGAGGAGGGAGACCGCAUAUGCGCGUAUGCGGGUUUAGCACCCGCAACCUUUGGGGACUGCCUUGCGCCCCCAUCAGCGGGCCGAGGAGGCAGCGCCCUCCGCUCCUCCCGAUCGCGAGAUCGGUCUAAACGGGCUGUCCCACCCGCCUCGCCGCACCCACUCCCGGCGGCGCAGGGCCAGGCUGAGGUUUCUCUGGCGCGCACUCGGCAGUCGGUGCCAAACCCACAGAGUCGCCUCCAGAGCACAAACGGGAGUGUCCCCAAAGGUCUCUUCUGCCGAUUUAGCGAGUGUGCCAACCAACACCGCAGAACAGUUAUGAAGGAGCUGUGCCAAGUGGCAGCGCAGGAUGCCAGGACCACAGCCCUCUCCUUGCCGCAGGCUUCUCCCUCCCCUCCUGCUGCCGCUGCUGCCGGGGCCUGGCGCUGGGAAAGAUGGGAGGAGUCUUAG